AUGUCUUUUGCCAGGGCCGCGCUUUCAUCUCGUGCGUUCGCACGCCAGGUCGCACGUCGAUAUUCGACCACUCCCGAGGCCGCAAAGCCUUCUAACCUCCCAUAUUACCUUGGCGGUGCAGGCGUCGCCGGCCUCGCAGGAUACGUCUACCUCAAUUCAGGUUCACAGGCUGCCGCGAAGGCCGAACCGCCAAAAAAGGCGCAGGAAAAGAGCCCGCUCGACCCCGAAAACUUUGUCGAUUUCAAGCUCAAGCGUGUAGAGCCAUACAACCACAACACCGCCAGAUACAUCUUCGAGCUUCCAGAUGGCCAGGCAUCUCUUCUCCCUGUCGCCUCCUGCGUAGUUGUCAAGUCGCCCGACGAUGCCCCCAACGCGCUCAAGGGCCCCAACGGCAAGCCCGUCAUCCGCCCAUAUACGCCCGUGUCCCCACCUGACCUCCCGGGCGAGUUCAUAUUCCUCAUCAAGCGUUACGAUGAGGGUAAGAUGUCCAAGCACAUCUCCGAGCUUCAGCCAGGCGAGUCGCUCGCGAUCAAGGGGCCUAUCAUGAAGAUCCCUUACAAAGCGAACGAGUUUGAGCAGGUUGGCAUGAUUGCAGGCGGUAGCGGCAUUACCCCCAUGUACCAAGUGCUCAAGCACGCACUCGCAGACCCUACGAACACGACCCGCUUCACGCUGGUCUUUGCAAACGUCACAGAAAAAGAUAUCCUUCUCCGCGACGAGUUCGACGCGCUAAAGAAGGCACACCCGGAUACGCUCGACGUCGUCUACACCCUCGACCAGGCAGACGACAGCUGGAAAGGGUACAAAGGGUAUGUGAACAAGGAGAUAAUCACGCAGCACAUCGGGCCUGCCAGCCUCGGUAGCAAAGUCAAGGUCUUCGUGUGCGGCCCGCCUGGCCAGGUGAGUGCGAUCGCAGGGAAGAAGGAUGGGAUGAAGCAGGGCGAACUGGGAGGCAUUUUGAAAGAGCUCGGGUACACCGAGGACCAGGUCUUCAAGUUCUAA